CCAAAACAAAUUGCUGAUAUUAAAUAUUUUCUUGAGAUUGCACGUAGAAAAGAUGCAAAAUCUGUUCGUAUUAAGAAAAAUGGUGUAUCAAAGGUGAAAUUUAAGCUUAGAUGUUCAAGAUAUUUGUACACUUUUGUAAUUGAAGAUGCAGAGAAAGCAGAAAAAUUACAAAAAUCUCUUCCGCCUGGAUUGGCGGUCAGUGAUAUUAAUACAAGCAAGAAAAAGAAAAGAGAAUAA